GCAGCUGAGGCGGCGGAGACCGGGGGUCCGGGCGGCGGCAGCGGCGGCGGCGGCGGGCCAAGGAGCCGGGCGCGAUGGAGCGGAAGAGGUGGGAGUGCCCGGCGCUCCCGCAGGGCUGGGAGAGGGAAGAAGUGCCCAGAAGGUCGGGGCUGUCGGCCGGCCACAGGGAUGUCUUUUACUAUAGCCCAAGUGGGAAGAAGUUCCGCAGCAAGCCACAGCUGGCACGGUACUUGGGCGGCUCCAUGGACCUGGGGGCCUUCGACUUCCGCACAGGCAAGAUGCUGAUGAGCAAGAUGAACAAGAGCCGGCAGCGGGUGCGCUAUGACUCCUCCAACCAGGUCAAGGGCAAACCUGACCUGAACACAGCCCUCCCUGUCAGGCAGACAGCAUCCAUCUUCAAGCAGCCAGUGACCAAGAUCACCAACCACCCCAGCAACAAGGUGAAGAGUGACCCCCAGAAGGCUGUGGAGCAGCCCCGGCAGCUCUUCUGGGAGAAGAAGCUGAGUGGCCUGAACGCCUUUGAUAUUGCAGAGGAGCUUGUGAAAACCAUGGACCUCCCCAAGGGCCUGCAAGGAGUGGGACCCGGCUGCACAGACGAGACCCUACUCUCAGCCAUCGCCAGCGCCCUGCACACCAGCACCAUGCCCAUCACUGGGCAGCUCUCAGCUGCCGUGGAGAAGAACCCUGGGGUAUGGCUCAACACAGCCCAGCCCCUCUGCAAGGCCUUCAUGGUAACCGACGAGGACAUCAGGAAGCAGGAGGAGCUGGUACAGCAGGUCCGCAAGCGGCUGGAAGAGGCACUGAUGGCUGACAUGCUGGCCCACGUGGAAGAGCUGGCCCGAGAUGGUGAAGCACCACUGGACAAGCCGGGCACCGAAGAAGAGGUGGAGGAUGAAGAGGAUGAGGAGGAUGAGCCUGACCAAGACCAGGAAAUGGAGCAUGUGUAGCGCGGGUGUGGGUGGACCCCAGGCCACAGCUUGCACUUGGGAAGUGACCACAGGGUGGAGAGACGAUCCAAGGGUCCUUGCGACAUGUUCCACACUGGGUGUCAGCUGUGCUGGGAGAGCACCUAUCUCCCUGGAGGAGCCCAGGGUGGCCUGGUUCUCCAUGUCUUUACAGAGGCCCUGCCCAAGCCCUGCCUGUGUGGGGCACCUACAGACUCAGCCCUUGCCUUGAUGGGACCAGGCUUGGGAGGAAGGUGGUUCCCCCAUCCCUUCUCAGGCAUGUCUACUUCCCUAGGCCACUGGAACACCUGGGGUCAUGGCUGGAGAGUGGUCCCCUGCCUGGUGAACCCCACACUUGUACUUUGAAGGGCCAGGCUUCCGGAAGUGUUGGUUGUUCCUGGGCCCCACCUGCAGGGGGCUGUCUCUCUGGGUCAUGGCUUCUGGAUGCAGUUGUCUCUGGACUCACUGUUGCUGCCCUGAGCUUCUGGACAGAACAGCUGCUCCUGGGCAGCAUGCGGGGUUCUAAUGGGGUCAGAGAAAGGUUCCUGAAACAGUCUUGCUUCCUGAUCUUGAGUGUGAGGGACAAUCCUCUGGGCCAGUCUGUCAGCCCUCCCAGAAAGGGUUGCAGGGUGGUUCCCUAAGUGCCCACCCAGCUGGGCAAAGCCUUGACACUCGUAGCGUGUCUGAAAGAGCGGCACAACCUAGACAUUUUCUUCAAUAAAUUGGUGGUACAAACUAG